GAAUGCUCCACGAGGUCACCGUGAGCCUUAGCGAACUGAGCCUCUGCGUGUCAAGGCAUCACACAGUGCCCAGCAGGAAGGCAAAGGGACCGGUGUCCAUGACAACAGGAAAUCUGGCCUCUGCCCUGCUGAGGCGGGGGACACGGUCUGCCAAGCAAGGACCACUGGAGUGCAUGGGCCAAACAGUGAUGUCCUCUGAGCUGUGGUUUCAGCCUCUGUGUGCCGAUGACGCCCACGAAGAUCACUCUGACUCUCUUGAAGGCACCUCAAGGACCUGGAAAUUGCUGACAACCCUUCCAAGUCUUGAACCCAAUGGCCCCAAUCCAGAAUACAGACAUUCAGAGAGAACUCCAGUCAGCUGCCAGAAAACAGCAGCCCUGCCCACUUUACCCCAUCUCCGACACCCCAAGCUCCUGCAGGUGUUGAAGUUCUGGGCUGACAACCAGCACCAGCUGGAGUCCCAUGAGGGAGCUCUCAGCUGCUUCCAGCCCUGCCUGCAAGCUACCCCAGGGUCCACGAGUGGAGCAGAGACAAGACACCUCCUGGAGAAGGAACUCUGCUCUCCCGCUUGGGUCCAGAGAUGCUGGCUACAUGCUGCUGGGAACAUGCCAAGGUCGUACAGACAAGGACACAACUCAGAGCCCACCUGCAACCUUCACAUCACGCCAGUGCCCCCGGCCAACCACCGGGAUGGCUCCCCGGACUUCGGAGGAGCCCUGGAAGAACAGCGAGAAAAAAAUGUCCAUUUCCUGCUAAGCCAGGAGCUGUGCUGA